GAAAACAAGCUAAUAACACAUGAAAAUGAUAUGCGUCACUACUGUGUUUAAGUUCUCCCGAAUCCGAGUGUAGCUUCUACCGAUACCAAACGCCACCCUGUGUUUACACAUGCUACUAAGCUAGGAAGUCACAAAAUGCAGUUGUUGUUUCUUUUCAAUGGAGUUUGGUCUACAAGUCCUUGUUCUACGAGAGACCUGCACCUUCAUAAACAGUGACACGUUAAAUGUCCGAUCCACAAGAACACACACACACACACACACACACACACACACACACACACACACAGAGAGACACACACACGUCCUCCUGAACCACAGUAACCGAGAUGAAGGGGAAGAAGAAGAAGCAGCCGCGGCGGCCGGAGCUGGCGGCCGUCUCAGAGAAGAAGAAGAAGAAGAGCGUGGCGGCGAGCAGCAGUGACGACGAAGACUCCGACGUGGAGAGGAACUUCACCCUGCUCACAGAGAGAGGAAGAGGAGCGCUGGAGGGAGAGGAAGACCUCAGCCGUGAUGACGAGCAGGAAGUGAAAGAAGGAGAAGAUGGGUCUGCUGAGGGGGAGGGAGAAGAAGAAGAAGAAGAAGAAGAAGAAGAAGAAGAAGAAGAAGAGGAGGACAGAGAGGGGGAGGAUGGAGAGGAAGAGGUGGAUGGAGAGAGUGAAACCUCUGAGGAUGAGGAGGGUGAUGGUGGUGAUGAAGAGCCAGAGGAGGCUGGAGGGAGCGGGGAGAUCCAGACGACAGACGACAUUAAAACAGAGCUCUCCAACAUGUCCUUUGAGGACAUCAUGAAGCUGCAGAACACAGUGGGGACCAAAGUCUACAACCAGGUUGCCUACGGCAACAACCAGAGAGGAGGGACCACCGGCAGGAAGAGACGCCUCAACAAGAACAGGCCCAUGGAGAUUUCAGCCAAGAGACCAGCUCCAUUCCUUCGUCAGGUCGUCUCUGUCAAGAAACCGACGCUGAGAGAUCCUCGGUUCGACGACCUGUCCGGAGAAUACAAACCGGAGAUCUUUGAGAGCACGUACAAGUUCAUCACCGACCUCCGAGGCCGAGAGAAGGAGAUUGUCCAGAAACAGCUGAAGAGGACCAAGAAGGACAACAAGAAGAAGGAGAAACUGCAGCUCCUUCUGAAGAGGAUGGAGAACCAGGAGCGAGCCAGGCAGAGCCGUGAGCAGCAGCGAGAGAGAGAGCUGCACUUCAAGAGGCUGCAGAGAGAGCGAGCCAAUCAGGGCGCACGGCCCUUCUUCCUCAAGGACUCGGAGAAGAAGAAGCUGCAGCUGGCGGAGAAGUACCGGGAGCUGAAGAAGAGCGGCAAACUGGACAACUUCCUGAGCAAGAAGAGGAAGAGGAACGCCGGGAAGGACCGCAGGAAGCUGCCCCGACAGCCGCACAACGCCAACGCUCAGUAACACAACAACGCUCAGAGACACAACAACGCUCAGUAACACAACAACGCUCAGAG